AUGCGUUUCUCCAUUGCUGCCUUGGUUGCUUCCGCUACUGUUGCUUCUGCUGCUUCAACAGAUGCUUCUUCCUAUUGGGCUUCCUUCCUUGCUCACUAUAGUUACACUGGCCUGGCCUCAUUAGACUUGAGUGGAACAGAAACUGGUCUGUUCUCCGUUCCAACAUUGGACGCCUCUCAAUCUGCUCAGCUUCUGUCUCUUUUAGCUGGUUUGGCUACCUCUGGUUCUGGUUCUGGUUCUGCUGCCAAUUCUGCUGCUUCUAAGACAGCUUCCGGUUCCAAAGUCACUUCUGGUUCUUCUGCAGCAUCUGGCUCCUCUUCCGCUGCCGGCUCCUCUUCUGCUGCCGGCUCUUCCUCAACUUCAGGUGAAGCUGGAAAGAAUGGUCCCUUCUUGGCUGCCGGUGCCCUUGUAGCCCUUGGAGGCCUCUUGUUGUAA